AUGAGCUUGCCGGGGAGGAAGGCCCCGGCGGGGGUCUCCGGAGUCCGGCGGUGGCUCGUCACCGUCGUCGUGUCGGUGCUGGCGCUGGUGCUGACCCUCGUGGUGAUAUCGCUGUCCCAGGGCUCGUCCCUGCCUCGGACGUCGCUGCACGACUACCUCCCCGCCGGAGUUACCGGCCUGGGGAAGCGUUCGUCGUCGGAGCGUGCUGAUGGAAACAGCAGUGGCGCUGCAAUUGGGGAAGAAUUGUCGCAGGGCGGACGGGAACCCUUAGUGGAGCAGAAUGGUCAGGGUGGUGACGUGAAUUCAAGCCAAACUUCUGCAGUUACAGGAAAGAUUGAUGACAACGAGCCGGAUCCAGUUGCUUCUAGUGAUCCCACAGCGACUCCUGACGAAGAUACAUCUAACGAAUCUCAAAAGGCUGAGCAAGAUACUUGCGAUCUAUAUCGUGGAGAGUGGGUUACUGAUUCUUCUGGGCCACUUUACACAAACAACUCUUGCCCUAUCAUCACACAGAUGCAAAAUUGCCAAGGAAAUGGGCGACCGGAUAAGGACUAUGAGAAUUGGAGAUGGAAACCAGAGCAGUGUAACCUCCCGCGCUUUGAUGCAAGGAAGUUCUUGGAGUUGAUGAGAGGAAAGACACUUGCGUUUGUCGGGGAUUCAGUUGCUCGAAACCAGAUGGAGUCCCUCCUUUGCAUUCUGUGGCAGGUAGAUGUCCCACAAAACCGAGGCAACAAAAGGAUGCAUAAGUGGCUCUUCAAGUCAACUAAAACAACUAUCGCCCGUGUCUGGUCUUCUUGGUUAGUGCACAGGUCAACUGAAGCUGUGGGGAUUGCUCCUAAGGGUAUUGAUAAGGUUUUUCUGGAUAUUCCUGAUGAGACCUUCAUGGAAUUCCUCCCAAGGUUUGAUGUACUUGUCCUUUCCUCUGGCCACUGGUUUGCCAAACGAUCAGCCUAUAUCCUGAAUGGGAAUGUUGUUGGAGGGCAGCUUUGGUGGCCUCGUAAAGCAGGAAAAAUGCAGGUUACAGGCUUCAGGAAGGCAGUGAAGAAUGCGGGGGAACACGGUUCCAGGUUGAAAUUGAUGGAUAUCACUGAACCCUUUGCCUUCAGGGCUGAUGGUCAUCCUGGCCCGUAUAGAAGUCCUGACCCUAACAAGAAGACACAGAGAGGGCCAGAUGGAAAACCUCCACCUCAGGAUUGUUUGCAUUGGUGCAUGCCAGGACCAGUAGACACAUGGAAUGAGAUGUUGCUAGAGACCAUACGAAGAGAGUUUGAUAGAGAGAGAACCUGA